AGGGAGGACACGCCUCUGAGGCCACGCCCCCAUCUGUUUUCAUGUGCGGUUUCCUCCCGGAGCUCCGAGUCCCGCCUCCGUUUUUAACGCUCCAACCGGAUGUUUUAUGUGCGUUUUUAUUGUUGUUGUGUAGCCUGAUGUAUUUCACCAAGGGGUGAAGCGGGAGGAAAGGUUUUCUAUCUCCGCCGAUGGACGCGUGGAGCUGGGCGUGUGGACGGCAGUGAUUCCCCUGGGCACCUGGAUCUGAGAGAGAGGGUGGUGUAGCAUGUCCAGGUGUUGAGGGUUCCUCCACCACCACCAUGCUGAAACGGCUGGAUAAGAAGAUCCGGUUCCGGGGCCACCGGAGGGACGACUCCCUGGACCUGGACCUGGACCAGUCCCCCCUGGACCAGUCCCCCAGCACCUCGGACAACGAGUGUGGGGACGACCCGGCACGGACCGGCUCCCCCACCCGGGACGCUGAGGACCUGCUGGACUCAGACACGCCCCCCCUGACCGACGCCCAGGCUGGUGCUGGUGCGAUGGCCGCAGAGGUCCAGGACUUCCAGAGGUUGGAGGCUGACCGCCUGACAGAAGUCAAGGGUCACCUGGAGAUAGCCCUGCUGGAGAAGCACUUCCUGGAGGAGGAGUUGAGGAGGCUGAGGGAGGAGGCGGGUGUGGAGGCGCUGAAGCAGGAGGUGGAGAAGGAGCGCUGCAAGAGGCUGGACGUCGAGACCAGACUAAACCAGCUCAUCAAGACCAGAUCUGAGGACCCUCCCCCUCCUCUGCUCCCCAAUGCCACGCCCCCCCAAGCUGACGGAACAGAGCCUCAGAGGGAGACAGUUUUCUCCCGCCUCCGGAGGUCCUGGUCUGAGCGCGUCUCCUCCCACCUCGAGGACUUCCACUUCCAGCCAGAGGAGGUCGUCACGGAAACGGAGGAGCCACUCAGCGCCAAGAGGCUGACGGAAAACAUGAGGCGACUAAAGCGCGGCCUGAAGCCGGUCACCAACUUCAAGAGGAACCUGGCGGCUCUGAGCAGCUGGUUCAGCGUCUACACCUCGGGCAUCGCCUUCAUCGUCUAUAUGAAUGCAGCGUGGUAUGGGUGGGUCAUCCCAGUGUUCCUCUUCCUCGCCAUCCUCAGACUCUCCCUCAACUACCUCAUCUCAAGAGGCUGGCGGAUUCAGUGGAGUAUCGUUCCUCAAGUGUCAGACUCACUGGACCCUCCUAAAGAUGACCUCACCGUCUCUGAGAAGUUCCAGCUGGUCCUGGAUGUAGCUCAGAAAGCACAGAACCUGUUUGGGAAGAUGGCUGACAUCCUGGAGAAGAUAAAGAAUCUGUUCAUGUGGGUACAGCCUCAGAUGACCCAGAAGCUUUACGUCGGUCUGUGGCUGGCCUUCAUCUCCUCCUGCCUGCUGCCCUACGACCUGCUGGGCUUCAUUAUAGGUCUGUACGCUGGCAUUAAGUUCUUCAUCAUCGACUUCCUCUACAAGAGCUGUCCCAAGCUGAGGGCCAAGUACGACACGCCCUACAUCAUCUGGACCAGCCUGCCCACCGACCCCCAGCUCAAGGAUAGGGGAGCCCCUCCCCUUCACCGACGGACGCCUUCCACAGCCUCCCGCAGUUACCGAGCAACCAGCCCGCCCCCGGGGCCGGGUAGGGAGGAGGAGGGCGGGCGGAACAACUCCAAGAAAGGAGCGUUCCAUGAAGUGUUCAACCUUGACGAGAAGGAGCGCCCCCUAGCAGUGUGUGAGAACGGCUGGAGGUGUUGUUUGAUCAACAGAGAUCGUAAAACACCGUCUGACUACAUCCGCAACGGAGUCCUGUACGUCACAGAGAAUUUUCUAUGUUUUGAGAGCUCUAGCUCGAGGUCCAGUGCCUAUAAGAAGAACAAGGUCAUCGCUCUGCUGGACAUCACCGACAUCCAGAAGUACAAAGUUCUGUCUGUGCUGCCCGGGUCUGGGAUGGGCAUCUCCAUAGCAACGCCCUCCACUCAGAAGCCUAUGGUGUUUGGUGCUAUGAUCCACAGAGACGAGGCGUUUGAGGCCAUUUUCUCUCAGUACAGCAAGACUUUGACCGCGACCUCCGACCCCUAGGACCUCCCCCCCCUCCUUCAUUGUGUCUUUUAUCUCGUCUUUCACUGCUGGACACCAGCUCAUUGACACACACACACAGACACACACACACACAGCCAGGGGAAGUGUUAUUUCAUAAAGUGUUUGUGAGCUAGUUAGCAGCUAACUAGCUUAGCUUCCAGUUGUUGGACCACACUGAACAGUUUGACCUAAAUCCUCUUUAAUAAUCUGAAUGUUGGUGUAAAGCACAGAAUAUCAUGUUGGUCUUUUAUCGUCAAAUCUCUCAGCCUCUGCACUUAUUUGUGAGGUUUUGUACUAAUCCUGUUGAAUCAUUUCCUUGAGGUUGUAGGUUUGAUUCCAUGUGGGUUAGGUUAGGUCAGUGGCCAAUUUUUAGACACCGAUUCCGAUAUUUAUAAGUCCCUGGUCAAAAAGUCCAAACGUUGAGAGUGAAUGCUUAAGUCAGAUGGAUGAAGAAACCUGUGAUUUGAUGAUGGAGUGCGUCAGUACUUCCUGUCAGAAGCUCAGGGUUCACUGGGUAGGCAGGGGGAGGGGGGGAGCCGUUUGAUUGACAUCUGCCAGACACGUCACACGGAUCGGUUUAACCUAAUGAAGCUAGUCUACCACCCAAUUAAUAAUGACAGACAGACAGACAGAUAGGCCGACGUACAGACAGACAGACAGACAGACAGACUCCUCUAAAUUAAGAGAUAAGAGUGACAGCUGUGUUUAUCCUGCCAUGACUCCUCUGUGAACAGUCUGCCAUUUUGUAUCACUUUGACUGUUCACACUGGACACCAACAUUACCGAAACAGACCCAAACAGAAGCAGAUCAUAGAUUUGGUCGGCCAGGGACUCAAACUCGCACCCCGACUCUGACUCGAGUGAAGCUCAGUGACUCAUGACAUUGAGUUCAAAACAGCUGAGUCCAAUCUCCAGUAACGAGCUCACUGAACCUCAGAGGUUCAUCCUGGAGACCGGGGGUCACAAUGGUCUCUGGAAGCCUUCGUCUGUCUCCCUCCAUGUCCUUCCUAUUUCAGUCCUCUCAUUGGUGGAAACCUAAGGGGUUAAUUAGCACUGUCUCACCAUGGUGAUGAUGGUCCUCUCGACGGUACGCUCAGUGGUGACAGAGCCUUCCUGUCCUGACCUCAGUGAGGAGGACGUUACCGUGGUGACGGUCAUCGUUUAGUAGGUCAUCUUGACAUGGUGUCGUCACAGGGUGACGGUGUAUUUACAUGACUACAACUCCCAUGAUGCACUCUGAUGUACGAGCGCGAUACCUGCCUUGCCCGACAUGCCCUACAUGGGGGUUUUAUACUGCAUGGAUCAAAUGUCUUUCUGCAACUUAUUCUGCUGUUAAUUAAGUAUUGAUUCUCUUAAUUUUUGUACAUUUUAUUAAACAUAUACAAAACAUA